AUGGAGAGGGAGAGAGAGAGGGAGAGGGAGGCAUUUUCAGGCAGCCAGAUUGAUGGGAAGGUCCUGCAGGUGUUCCAGAAGACGUUCGUGCAGGUUCAGAACAUCCUGGAUCAGAACAGGCUGCUCAUCACUGAGAUCAACCAGAAUCAUGAGUCCAAGAUUCCUGACAACCUCACCAGGAAUGUGGGCCUCAUUAGUGAGCUCAACAACAAUGUCAGGAGAGUCGCCCAUCUCUAUGCUGAUCUCUCCACCUCUUUCACCAAGUCAAUCGAUGUCGCCGCUAAUUCUUCCGACGGAGAUUCCGCCGGCGCCGGAAAAGCUGCCCUCAAAAGGCACAGGCCUGGCUGAUCUCAUCUCCUCUUAUCAUCUGACCCCUCCAUCACUUUAAUUUUGCUUCAAGCAAAUUUAAAGGAUAUAUAUAUAUAUAUAGUUUGGAUUAUGUAAGUUUGUAAACUCAACUCCCAAAUUGUCCCCUCUGCCCUGAGUAGAACAAAUAAAUUAAAUUGUGCCCUCUCAUCUUUAUCUCUAAUUGAAUCUAUGGUUAGUUUCAUUCUCUC